AUGACUUCAACACGCCCGCGUAAACGCAAAAUGAGUUCACAGUCUUUUCAGAAUAACGAGAGUGUAGCUCAAUCCCUUUCUGAUAAUUUCUUUAUUCGACUCAAUGCAGCGAGGUCCCAAUGUAUUCUUUUGGACUGCAGAACUGAGUUAGCAGGAAGGAUAUUGGUUUUUGUGAUUUCAUGGAGGUUUUCUCCGAAAUUGGCAUCGGAGACCUGGGUGGGGAACCAUGUUGCAACAAUUGUAAAACAGGAGUUUGAAUCAUUCGACUCAAAUGCGUUUUAUCUAAUUCCGCUGCAAAAUGAAAAUACCGCAUAA